AUGAGCAGUAACGUUGCAGAAGCUAUGAAUAGUGCUAUAGCCAAGAUUGUUGAGCUCCCAAUUGUGGCUAUGGUUGAGUCUAUCAGGACCAAGUUAAUGCAGUGGUUCUGCAUCAGGCGAGCGAAAGCAAAAAAAUUGGCUACACUUCCUGAGCCAAUCACACCGAAUGUAAACAAGUUUAUGCUUCGCUACCAUUUAGAAUCAGCUGGUUUGGCAGUUACUGCAGUUUCAGAUUGGUGUUACGAGGUGAAGAAAACACCGGGGAAGACCUACUUUGUAGAUCUGCAAAACAAGAGCUGUACUUGUAAUGCAUUUCAAAAGCUUAUGAUCCCUUGUUGUCAUGCCUUGGCUGCAUCAAGGAUAAAUGGUAUAUAUAUUCCUUCUCUUGUUGGGAAAAUGUACCAUGUCACUGUCUUUGCUGAUACAUAUUUUGAGCUCAUAUACCCUGUGCCUAAUCAAUGCGAUGAGGAAGUCCCUCCAGUGGUAGUCGAGAAUGAAUUCGAACCUCCUACUAAUCCACCAGGCCCAGGACGCAGAAGGAAGCGAAGGAUCCCUUCCACUGGAGAACAAGUGGGGAAUAAGCAGAAAAGAACGACACCACAUAAGUGUUCUAUCUGUGGUCAAGCCGGCCAUAACCGAGCUACAUGCGAAAACAUCAUCGACUAA